CCAUCUUGGCCCGGGCCUGGCGGCGGCGGCGGCAGCAGGAACAGCAGCAGCGCCGGCUGUGUGGAUCAUGGAGAACUACCAGAAAUCCAAGGUUGUGGAGAAGCCGUCCCCCCUGCCCUUUCCUGGCCUACCUUCGGAUAUAAUUGAAAUGAAAGUGAAGGACGGCAGCAAAAUCCGGAACCUCGUGGGCUACGCCAUUGGCAAGAUGGAGUCUGACACGACAAGGCAGGUCGUCUUCAGUGGAGCCGGCAAAGCCAUCAGCAAGACGAUCACCUGCGUGGAGAUCCUGAAGCGGAGGCUCAAAAGUCUCCACCAGAUCACCAAAGUGUUCUUCAGGCAGACGGAGGAGAUCUGGGAGCCGAUCGUGCCAGAGGCUGGCCUGGAUUCUUUGACUGUGAAGCGCAACACCCCUGCGAUUUGCGUGCUGCUGAGCAAAGACCCGCUUGACUCUCAGGAGCCGGGCUACCAGGCUCCUGGGUCCUUUGACGCCCUCUGGCUGGAGACACUGAAGUCUGAGUCCCAGGGCCAGGCGAAGAGGAAGCAGGGCGGAGGAAGGGGGGCCAGCCGGGCUGGGAAGCACCCUCGCUCCGUGGGGCGUGAGGACCCCCACAAAAAGCCCUGAGUAGGACUGGGGAGAGCCAGUCAGUGUUCACGCAGUAAUCCAAGCACUGGAAACGGGCAGAGAGAAACUGCAUUUAGGGAAAAAGGAAAGGACAGGCUGCCAGCCCGAAUUCAGAAUCCUGCAGACUGACGGCUAGACUUUUGUGACUGGGCUCUUUUCCUCGCUUGGAUCAGGUGUGCACAUAAAGCAUUUCUGUGGACUGUUUCUGGUAUAUCCAGGAUUACUGUGCCUGAAUGUCAGGGAUGAAAAGGAAGUGCAGAAUUUUCCGGAGCGGGAAUGCUCUUUUCCCCAAAGUCUGAGGUGUUUUCCUAUCUGAUAAAGAGGUACCUGUGAAAAUGUCUUGCUUUCUCCUGGGGCCUGUGGUGAAAGUUGUGAGUUGUGUCAUGUAGCCAGAUUUUUGUAAAGGGAAAGGGUUUGGCAAAUGCUUCCCCCGCCCCCCACCUGCCCCAUAUCGCGGCCAGUCAUUUCGUUGCUGCCCGAAAGCAUUAUGUGCCUUCUUGUGGCUCCAAGGCUGCUAACAUCUCUUCCUUUAAAAGAAGGGACUUCCACCCUGGACAUUCACGAGGAGGGAUUGCAGUCUGAUUCGGCAUAGAAGCGAGGGGGGCGUGCUGUCUGUGCACUUGUGCCAAGGGUCCGUGAUGUGCGUUUCCAUGAGGACAAACGCAAAGUGUCUCAGAAGCCGCUUGUAACCCUUAGGAGCCCUGGAUGGUAAGCUUGAAAUUGUAUUUUUGUUAAUAAAGCCAGGGGCAAGGCCUAUGUUUCA